AUGGUGAUUUAUGCUAGUGACCGCAAAAGGGAUCGAUUGAUAAUACCAAAUGAGAGCAUCCCGGAACAUUUAUACUGGAAACCGGAUGAAGCCGCUCCGGCACAUGGUGAUCUGGCUUCGCUGACGCUUAUUCCCGGGCGAUAUAAAAUUGUCACCAUCAAGCUUCAUCCGUAUACCGGCAAAACAUUUUUAUCACUUAACAGGUACGCGGAACGAAGCUACACGAUGGCAAUCUAUAAAAGUAAUGCAUUCGAAGAGAACGAAAUACGUGGUUUGGAUGAUAUGGAUGAGUGGAUCCCGAUAUUCUUGUAUCCAGCAAUGCCUACCGUUGAUCUCUUGCAGAGGGAAUCGCUUGGGCCGGGCACUUAUAAAUUUCGAUUUGGGAACGAACAGGUAAUGAAUCCAGAAGAGAUUUGA